GGCACCGCGGCGCUGGGGAGCGGCCUGAGGGGAGAGGGCUUGGCUGGCGCGGCAUUUGCGGGUUCCAGGCGGGCGCAGGGGACAGCCGGUCCUUGUGGGUGCCCGUGUCAGGGUGGGAGCCACGCGUGGGAAUCGUCCGCGCCCUCCCCGCCCGCGGGCGCGGGACAGCGGGGCCGGACACCGUGACAGGGCUGUCGCCGGGCCUUCCAUGCUCUGCAGCGCUGUGCUUUAUAGGGGGAUGACCUUUGAAAGCCCCAGGCACACACACGGGGGCCGAGCGAACGAGGUCUCGCGGGCAAACACGGCCCCGGCCCCGCCUGCGGGUUUGCAGAGCUCCGCGGGGUGUAGGAAUGACAGCGAUAACAACAACCACCGAAAGGUUUUCUGUGCAUCUGUUGGUGCACAAAAUGACGAAUGUUACAGAAAAAUAUUUGAAAGUCCCUAAGUAUAGUUACAGAAAGAAAAAAAAAAAAAGAGAAAACAAAAAUCCUCGUUUGUUCUUAAGACUGCAAAACUUUUUUAUUUCUUUUAUUUCUUUCUUUAUUUUUUUAAAUUUAAGCAAAGCAGGGUGUGUUGUCUUGGGAUAUUGCCCUGCUUUGGAUGAGCUGUCAGCAACAGGCUAAAUGCCUUGGUGAUUUCCUGGCGAGACAUUUCUUGGCUGGUGUGUUUGAGUUUAAACCAAUUUUUUUUUUUUCCUCCUCAGUGUGCAGCUGUUCUAUGUCUUUGACUAGGAAGGUAAAAAUAGUACUCUGCAUUUGUAAAAUACUUCUCUUCACAGACCCUCUCCCCCAUAUUUGUAGCACAGUUUGGGAAGUAGGUGUUGCUGUUAACAAUUUACAGUCCAGACCAGUGGUGGUCAGCUUGCCAAAUAGUAUCCCUGUUACUGCAACUGAGAAGAUGACCCUAAAAUGGAAGUCUUUCACCUUUAGCUCAGAAAACCAACCCCAAAUUCAUCACUUCGUUGCCCUAUCUGCCCUGUUGUGUUGCACAAGGGGGGAAAGUGGUUGUCAAUUUACCACUGUGUGCUUUUCAAGCCACACAUACAUUUAAAAUCCCAGUUUACCUGAUAAAAUGUGCUCAUUAGGAUGUGUGUAGAAGGCUUAGAUGCAGUAGAAGGCUUUGUCAGAAUGGAGAAUCGAGUCACCCAAGCUGAGGCAGAGCUGGGAAAGUGCAGAAUUUGGGCCCAUGUCACUUGUAGGAAGACUGAAGAUCAUGGUCAACAUAUGCCACUGACAGAAUUUGAGCUUUCUUAGAUUUACUGAAAAUUUUGAUAUAACACAGCACAACUUGCAGCUUCACCUUAAGAUACCUUCAGAGAUUCAGAACUAAGUAUGGUGUUUAUAUAUAUUUCUGUCUUUCUCUUGUUUACUUUUUUAUUAAGUGUUUGUAGUCCUCCUUUACAGUUAUUGGAUAAUUUCAUGAGUAACCUCACAUUUUUCACACUGUGGGACAAGAAGGUGAUAAACUGAGGGCCAUGUAAUUCAGAAGGGUAUGAUUAUUCUGGGGCAGCAAGAAACCUGAUCUUAAGUAGUUACAAAAUGGAAGGUCCUGCUCUGGCAGCUGGUUUGAAGGAAUUUUCAUAAAUUUUACUUUGGGCUGGACACUGAUAUUUGAGUGAAGGAUAAAGAUCAGCUCUUAAAACUUUGUGGGAUGGAUUCUGAAUUUAUUUCAAGUCUUAUUUAAAGGCUCAAGCAUAGCUGUGGUGCUGCAGAAACACUUUUUUCUUUCCUUCUUUUUCCAGUGGUGGAUUAAUUUGCUGAUGUUCUAUAGUUUUUCUCCAAGCUGUGUAGUCAACUGCAUGGGAGAAGUUAAAGUUCUAUUUUAACCAUUCCUGCCUGAAAUUUGUCAUACUGCCUAUUUAUGUGCAUAGAAAGAGGAAGAAAAACUAUUUGUUUACUCUUAAUGUGAUAUAUGGAGAACCAUGGAAAUCUUUUCACUUUCUUCGUGAGACUGAACUAAUGAUCACAGCCUGCAUCUUCUUGAGAGAGCAUCAACUGAUGCACUAAUUGAACCCUAGUGAGCCUCAUACUGGAAAACUAUUAUGCACCAUGUGGUACUUCAGGAAAAUUUAAAAUUUUGAUUUUGAGAGAUACAGAAGAGCCAAGUUGUUCAGAAUUUCACAGGCAGUUGAAUAUCCUCUCAGUUACAGGUUUUUAGUACCAUUUAACUAUUAAUUUUUAAAGAAAACUUUGGAUUAAAAAGUGUAUUAAUCCCCACUCCCAACGAAUGUUGGUUGCUCCCAACAAAUCUUGUAGCAAAAGCUAUUUCCAGUGCAUUCCAGCUUUAGAUAGAGGUGGAGAUGAAACACAUUAUCAAGACAAAUUUGGAAUAUUGUCUUCUUGUACCAGUGUAAGGUAUAGUUGAACAGUGUAUUCUGAAGAUCCUUUAGAAAGUGUAUUUCCCAGUGGUACACUGGAAGCUGAGGUUUCAUUUAUUCAGCCAGAUCACAAACAAUUUAAAUUCUUUAAUGUGUCUAAAUUCUCAAAAUGUGUUGGACCUUUCUGAACCUUUUUUUUUUGGUUAGACUAUCAGAUCCAAUAUUAAGAUACAAAAGUACUGGAAUUGAGUGUGUGAAAUCUGUGAGUGCCUCAUAGUUUUAAUUAAGGUUCUGUAGACUACAUUUAAUUUUCCUCUUUUUCAUGCCAUUCUCUUGUACUUUGACUUUUUUUACAGGAAAAAAAAUCGUUGUAUUAAGUGAUAGUCUCAGUACCUGUGUUAAAAAUGGGUGGGCUACCAGUGAGACCAAAAUACUGCUGUUAUUCUCCUGGUGAAAGAUUUUCUAUGCAAUACAAAGUACUAAUUUAAAAUAAUGUUUUUUCUGUUUUCUAUUUUGAAUUUAUUUGAUGACAUAUUCCAAAAUUGCCUCCACAGCCUGUUCUGGUGCACUACCAUCACAACAAUACAGCUUCCUUAAUUUUAAUGAUAAAAAACUUGGUAAAAAUUUGAAAACAUCAAGUAAUACUAUUUUUUUUUCUUUCAAGUAGCAUAGAACACUCAUGCCAAAUAUACACAAAUGCUCAAAAAUAGCAUAUAAAAAAAAAAUCUGUCAGAGUUUUAUCACAAUGAAAAUAUAUCUGUUUGAUGUGUCAUGUAGAGGUGAAAAGCAGUAAUUUUCCUCAGGAUGCAAAUAGUAAUAUAUAAAAUCUACUGUGCAGUUGAAAUUUGGUUUAUUAAAUCCAGGCAGUAAAGGAGUGAUGUGUUGGCUGCCCUUUGUGCUGUAGACAUUCCCAAAUAGUUAGAUCAGGCCUUCAUAGUGUACAAUUCUUUCCACAGAAAUUUGAAACUCAUCAAAACAUUUGCAUUUCUUCAAGUAAAAGAUGAACCACCAUUUUAGGGUAACUUCAUUUAUUUGUCUUAAUAUUUUUUUGUUUGGUUUAGGAGAGACUGUAAUAAAUAAUGGCGAACCUUGUUCACCUAAGGACACAAGGAAUGCUGGAGCUGUGGAGGAACCACUCCAGGCAGAAGAGAAAAAUAAAUCUGCAGAUAUUUCAAAUCAAAAAGAACAAUGCCUUGUACCAUGUGAUGCUCAAGCUAAAAUUUUACGAGGGGACAAACAUUACAUGUGCAGAAAUUUGCAGAGCUCUCUUGCUGAAUAUGCCAGAAGUACAAAAAAACUGGUAAGGGACAUGAUGGAUGAUCAACAGUCUUCGCUGGAUUACCUUUCUAAUCAGGUAAAUGAACUCAUGAACAAAAUUGUUCUUUUGAACACAGUAAUUCUGAGAAAACAUCUGGAUCCACUUCCUUAUAAAGCAGUUCAAUCUCAUGGUUUGGACUGCACUCAUGUUAAAGAUACUGUUGGUUCAGUUUCAAAAACUCCAAGUGGUCUGUACAUUAUCCAUCCAGAAGGAUCAAAUUAUCCUUUUGAGGUUUUGUGUGACAUGGAUUUUCGAGGAGGUGGAUGGACCGUGGUUCAGAAGAGAGCCGAUGGAAUAGUUCAGUUUCAGAGAACAUGGUCUGAAUAUUUGGAUGGAUUUGGUGACCUUACUGGAGAAUUUUGGCUUGGACUGAGGAAGAUUUUUGACAUAGUAAAUCAAAAAGCCACUCAUUUCAGUCUUUAUGUGGAUUUGGAAUCAGAAAAUGACAAGCAUGCCUAUGCAUCAUAUGAUGGAUUUUGGAUAGAGGAUGAAGCAUGUUCUUUUAAGAUCCAUUUGGGGCAUUAUUCAGGAAAUGCUGGUGAUGCAUUUAGAGGAUAUAGAAGAGAAGAUAACCAAAAUUCCAUGCCUUUCAGCACUUUUGAUGUUGAUAAUGAUGGAUGCAGGCCAAUGUGCACUAUUAAAGGACAGCCAGUGAAGAGCUGCAGUAACUUCAGUGAUAACACUGGAUGGUGGUUCAACAAGUGUGGCCUUGCAAAUCUUAAUGGUGUUCAUCGCUACACAGGUAGAUUCCUUGCAACUGGGAUUCACUGGGAUACAUGGACCAUGAACAAAAAGCCAGUAAAAAUUAAAUCAGUUUCAAUGAAAAUUCGGAGAACCAAUUAUCCAUAUUUCCAUUAACAUAUGAAAAUAGAAGUACAGUAG